UUCCGCUUAUUUGAAUUUACCUCUCAAUAAUAGCUCAGAGCUCAUCCACAAAAGAGCAGUCACAUGGUAGGAACAUGUGGCCGUGACGUCAGCAAGGUCCUUUCCGAGGAUAGGAACUAGACGCUACGACGCAACAAUCAUGGCGGAUGCUAAACGUGGGGACGAGGGAAUAGAAGCCCAGGGUGUAGGGGAUGAAGAGGAGGAGAUGGAGUCUGAGGGAGAAGGAUCCGCGGAUGAUUCCUCUGAGGGAACAGGCCAAUCUUCUUGUGAGGAGGAUGAUGAAAAGGAAAACGAAGCGGAGAUUCAGAGGCUGGAAGAGCAAUUAUCUAUUAAUGCCUUUGAUUACAACUGUCAUGUUGAUCUCAUCAAACUGCUGCGACAAGAAGGGGAGCUGGAGAGGCUUAGACGUGCACGGCAGAAGAUGAGCGAGCUUUUUCCAUUAACUAAAGAGAUUUGGCUGGACUGGCUUAUGGAUGAAAUGAAAGUUGCAGAUCAAGGAUCCUGCCGUGAGAAAGUUUAUGAACUCUUUGAACGAGCAGUGAAAGACUAUAUAUGUCCAGAAAUUUGGCUGGAAUAUGCACAGUAUUCGAUCGGUGGUAUGGGAGAGGAGGGUGGCAUUGCAAAAGUUCGCUCUAUCUUUGAGAGAGCACUAACUGCUGUAGGACUUCAUAUGACUAAAGGAUCCACACUUUGGGAUGCAUACAGGGAAUUUGAAAAUGCGAUCUUAGGAACCAUACAGCCAGUGCCGGGCAGCAUCCCUUCACCAGAGCAGCAGCAGAUGCUACAGGCACAACUUCAGCGGAUCCACACACUAUUCAGACGUCAGCUUGGUGUACCUCUCUUAGACAUGACUUCAACAUAUGCUGAAUAUGAAGAGUGGUCAGAGGAACCAAUAUCAGAGGCUCUGAUGCAAAGUUAUAAAAAAGCCUUGCAGCAGAUGAAAAAGUGCAAACACUAUGAAGAGGCUCUGCUAGCUGCAGAAACUCCUAAGCUUGCUGAAUACCAGGCUUACAUCGACUUUGAAAUGAAUGCAGGGGAUCCAGCUCGCAUCCAGCUUAUCUUUGAACGUGCUUUAGUUGAAAAUUGUUUAGUUCCAGAUCUGUGGGCACGAUACACUCAAUAUCUCGACAGACAGCUAAAAGUGAAGGAUCUUGUGCUGUCUGCACAUGAUCGUGCAGCCAGAAACUGCCCGUGGACAGUUGACUUGUGGAAGAGGUAUAUCCUUGCCAUGGAGAGACACGGUGUAGACCAUAAUAUUGUCACUGACAAUUUUGAGAAAGCUCUGAAUGCUGGGUUCAUCCAGGCCACCGAUUAUGUGGAGAUCUGGCAGUAUUAUCUAGACUAUCUUCGAAGGAGAGUUGACUUUACAAAAGAUUCCAGUAAAGAGCUAGAAGAGUUGAGAUCUGUAUUUGUCCGUGCUCUUGAUUACCUUAAGCAGGAAGUUGAAGAACGGUUUGGUGAGAGUGGCGAUCCUUCUUGCAGUAUAAUGCAAAACUGGGCUAAGAUAGAGGCACGACACUGCAACAACAUGCAGAAAGCUCGAGAGCUGUGGGAUAGCAUCAUGACCAGAGGCAAUUCCAGAUUUGCCAACAUGUGGCUGGAGUAUUACAACCUUGAGAGAGCCCAUGGAGAUAUACAACACUGUCGGAAAGCGUUGCAUCGAGCAGUUCAAUGUACUACAGACUAUCCAGAGCAUGUAUGCGAGGUUCUUCUUAGCCUGGAGAGAAUAGAAGGCUCUUUGGAGGAUUGGGAUUCAGCAGUGCUCAAAACAGAAAACCGCCUAUCCCGAGUGAAAGAGCAGAGAGCAAAGGCUGCAGAAAAGGAGGCAGUGCUGGCCAAGCAAGAAGAGGAGAAAGCAGAGCAGAGGAAGAAGUCACGUGCCGAGAAGAAAGCUGCAAAAAAAUGUAAAAAGGCGAAACCUGGAGAGAAGCGCAAAGCAGAUGAUGAUGAUGAAGAUGAAGAAGAAGAGUGGGGAGAGGAAGGAGAACAGCCAAAUAAGAGGCACAAGGGAGAUGAAGAGAUCUUGGAAGACAAUGAGGCAGAAGAGAUGGAAACAGAAACUGGUCUUUUUGGUAAAAGUGCUCCUUCCAAGUCCCAAACAGGCAAACAGAAACCACAGACUUUGAAAGAGCUGCCUAAGAUUCUUCAUGACCGGAACAAGGAUAGUAUCACUGUUUUUGUUAGCAACUUGCCCUACAGCAUCUCUGAACCAGAGAAGCAGCUUAGGAAAGUGUUCUCUAGCUGCGGAGAGAUCUCUCAAGUGCGAGUCAUCUAUAACAACAAGGGAACAUUCAGAGGAUAUGGCUACGUGGAGUUUGCAGAGGAAAAGAGUGCUCAGGAUGCACUGAAACUAGACAGGAAAGUUAUAAAUGGGAGACCAAUGUUUGUGUCUCCAUGUGUGGACAAGAAUAAGAAUCCAGAUUUCAAGGUAUUCAAGUAUUGCACACAGUUGGAAAAACACAAGCUGUUUGUCUCUGGAUUGCCAUACUCCAGUACUAAAGAGGAACUGGAAGAACUUUUCAAGGAGCAUGGGGCCAUAAAGGAGAUUAGACUGGUGACAAAUCGCUCCGGGAAGCCAAAGGGUCUUGCUUAUGUUGAAUAUGAAAAUGAAGCUCAGGCUUCACAAGCAGUACUUAAGAUGGAUGGAAUAAAAAUUAAGGACCAUACAGUAAAAGUGGCAAUUAGUAACCCACCACAGAGGAAACAGCCAGAUGUCUCUGAAACCGCUAUAGCCAUGGUUCCACGACCGACCUAUGGAGCAAGGGGUAAAGGAAGAACCCAGCUGGCGUUAUUACCCCGCUCACUGCAUCGUCAAAGUGCAUCAAUCACUCAGAAAACAGAAAAUGGGACACCGCAGGAACAGGCCACUUCAUCAGCUGCUGCAGGGGAGCCCAGAAAGUUGUCCAAUGCAGAUUUUGCUCGACUGUUGCUACAGAAGUGACCAUGAGCAACAAGCUGCCAUAAAACUUUUUUUUUUUUUUUAAUCUUUAUUUUUAAUAAUUUUUCCCCAAAGAGAAAUAUUAGGAACAUAACGUUAUAUUUGACACCGUAGUAUAAAGAGUUGCAAAUAUUGGGGAACUUUCCCACCAAUCAAUGGAGCAAGUGUGAAAGCAACAAUCCCGCCUCCUCCAUCUCUAUUUGGAACAACACACUGUGUUGUUUAAAACUGCUGUGAAUUACAUUGUUAUGACAGGCGAUAACCUCCUCGCCCUUUCUCUACAUUUUAUUUUAUAUAUAUAUAUAUAUAUAUAUAUAUAUAUAUAUAUAUAUAUAUAUAUAUAUAUAUAUAUAUAUAUUUUUUUUUUUUUAUAUAUAUAAUGAAUAUUGUUGGAACCUAUUGACACCGCAUAGGAAAAACUUGCUGCAUCGACCGAUCUGGGUCUAAAAUACUGUAACAACAUUGCAAGUUUCCUUGUUUAACCUCAGUGAUAGUAUAUUUUUGUUCUUUUAUUGGGAACAUAAUAAAACAGUUUGAUUUAAAAAGAAAAAAAUGAAGAAACAAACCAGCGUUGCAGAUACAUCAUCUUAAUUCUACAUCUUGUUGAUGAUGUUUCAGGUAUGUGGUUGGGGAAAUACCCUGAGAUAUUGAACAAAUAAACAGUUCCAUAAGUAAUCAGCCUUUAGUAUGACUAAAAUGCUAACACAUUGAUUCAAAGUUAACAAUAAAAAAUCAAAGGGAGCGGGUAAUUCAGAAAUAUGGAGACAUGGUAUAAAGGAAUGGGAAGUAUAUAUAGAUUUUCAUUAUCCUUUCUGCUAUUCUGUUGUGUUUUUAAAUGGAAAGUGAGUGAGCAAGGUCCCAUUGAACCUAUAGGUUAUCCAAGGUUUGCGAUACUUCAGAAGUAUAUAUUUAUCUGUAGUAAGGCUGGAUUUAUAGAAGAGGUUCUCCAGGACUUUGGUACAGUCUAUCUAGCUGCUAGGAGGAUAUGAUUUAAUAAAUGCUGUUUGACAUUAGGUACCCCUUCUGCUGGGCCGUGCAUUACAGCAUAGAUCAAAUUGUAUGCGCUUACCCAAAAUCAAACAGCUCUUGGACAGGUCCAAUAUAUGUGGGCAAUAUUUCCUAGCCAGGGCAGCCAAGGUAGCAUUGAUCAUUUAACUGGGGUAAAAAGUGAAAAAAGGACAUUAUAGCCAGAUUCUAAGAGAACUGUAUUAAGGGAACUUCAUUUCAAAUUGUCCCAACAUUUAACCCAUUGGUUCUCUGAUAAAGAUAUACCUAGUUCUCUUUCCCAGAUUUGUAUAUAUGCUAUAUCCCUGAGCUGUUUGGGGGAAAUGGUUUAUUAUAUACUGAUAUAAGACUGAUAUAGCUUUGGGUUGGCUUGCCCUCUAUACAUCAUCUCUCAAAUAGAUCUUUACCUCUGGAUUCUUUUUUCCCCCCAACAUUGGGUAAGAGUUGAAGGCCCCAAAAGCAUUCAGUUAUGGGGAGAUGAUCACUUUCUGCCGUAAAAACUUUUGUUGAAAACUAUUUUUCCUUUGUGAUCUUCUCCUCUGAGGUUAAACUGCAGCAUAUGGGAUGCAGAGAUAGGAUGUACUCAUACCUUUUAUUUUUCCAGUGAAACUGUAGACUUUCCUCAUUUCCCUCAUAUUGAGGCACAAUCGAUAUUGCUGGGGUAGCCGAAAGUCGUCUGUUUUGGGAACUUUUUUACUCCAAACAUAAGGGGAAAAAGAAAAGAUGUUGACAAAAUAAUCAUAUGUAACUAUCCUUAUAUAGUUGUUUUAUACAGUAUAUAAUCUUGCCUUUUCCUUGUAAAAUCGCAAGCAGUUAUCCAAGUUUGAUAGAGACAAUUAUAAUAUACGCUGUACCCGAUUAACCAGCUGUCUUUUGGCCAUCUUUCUAAUCCUGAUGGCAGUUUAUUGCUUCAUACAACAGGAAUGCCCAAGCAGCUGUCGUGCGCACAGUCUCUAUUGUGGGGGUGAACUAUUAAUUCAUACUUGUGUCUGCGCUUUGCCUAGUGUUUAGCGUAAUUCAGUUUUCAUAUAAUGUACUAACAAGCCCACAAUAAGGAUUGUACACUGCUUCAGAAUUGGUUUGCUUCUUUGUACCUGCACUCCUGUAAUAAGCACAUUCUGCUUUCCGUACCCGUUCGUUUAUUUGGUUUUCGUGUGAUUUAAACAGAGGUGGAAACCCCGUUUUGGUUCUUUACUUUUACAGAGGAAAGUUAAACCUCCUUAGCCUAUUUUUUCAUAAUGAAAUUUUGAUAUAUAUAUAUAUAUAUAGUUCAUAGAAUGCAGCCGAUGUUUUAUUUUUGUUUAAUGUGCAGUCAAGAUGUUUGUCAGAUGAAGGAUGCACUGAAAAUGCAUUUGGAAGAAAAAAAAAAAAUCUAUUUUCCCACAUAGUUGUGUUUUUUUUUUUUUUUUUAACCCAUUUAGUGUUUGCAGACUGUGGAUUUGCAGCGAUGUGUAAACUGACAGCUUGACACUUAUGGGUGAGGAGUUGCUGCAUUUUACUGUGGAUGUUUUCUAUAGAGUUUCUUUGUGUACAUUUAUUGUGGGGUUUUUUUUGUUUCCAUUCCUGUUUUAUUAAACUGCCAUUUCCCAAUAA